AUGAAUUAUUUGGAUGUGGCAUGGCGAGGCUACAUAGAAGACAAGAACGCCUCUCGCAUAUGCGAGGCACAUCCUUACAUGUUAAACUCGUAUGGGAUAUGGGAGAGAUUGACUUACAAGUCACGAGGUAUGAGUUUCUGGAAAUAUCCGCUCCCGAAUCUCGAGAUCAUAAUGUUUUCUACUUAUAUUAUAUGGCGGUUCCUUGAUUGGUCAUGCAACAAAAUCGGUCUUCGAGUACCUAGAUUCACCUAUAUGAUGAUCGCAGGGGUAAUCUUAGACCUAACUUGUCAUUUAGGCAACAACUCUUGGCUCCGUGACAUAUUUUUCCCUUAUGAUAAGCGACCAAAGAUCCCCGAGACUCUAGGCGCUUUCGGUUUCCUUUUUUAUUGGUUCCUAAAAGGUGUGACCAUGGAUCCCGGAAUGGGACUGAGGAUGGAGAAAAAAUCUAGUGUGAUCGGGCUCACCACAAUGGUUGUACCCUUGAUUUGUGGCAACUUCUUGUUCAAAUGGAGAAUACAAAGAGGGAAUAUAAGCUUGUUACCAAUGGAAUACAGGUUGAUCAUAUUCUUCCAAAGCAUAUCUGCGUUCACAAGCAUCGACACACUCCUAAAAGACCUCAACAUCAAACACUCUGAGUUUGGAAGGAUAGCCCUUUCCGGGGCCAUGGUGACUGACAUGUUGGCCUUUGUGGUAACGUUUUUGAAUGCCAUUCGUUGGCAAGGAUCUUACGGUGUUUUCCAAACCGUAUGUUUCUGCUUCUUUUGUGCUUUUUUGGUCUACGCUGUGAGGCCGGCUGUGUAUUGGGUGAUCAAGCAAACUCCAGAAGGAAGGCCGGUCAAGAAUGUUUACAUCUACAUUAUUUUGGCGCUCGCUUUCUUGUCCUUCCAAUUUUUCCACAAGAUUCAUUUGUUUGGACCCGCAGGAUCGUUUGUUCUUGGCUUAACUAUUCCGGACGGAUAUCCUUUAGGUGCUACUUUGGUUCAAAAAUUUGAGAGUUUUAAUCUUGGAGCUCUCGUGCCACUCUUUGGAUCAUUAAGCAUGACGCAAGUAGAUCUCUCAUGGUUGCUCAAAGAGUGUGGAAAUCUUAUACGAAUGGAGGGUCAACUUUAUGAGGCUAUUUCCUUUAUUCUUUUUGUGAAUGCCACAAAAUUCAUUGCUUCCACCAUAGCCGCACGCUCUUUAAAUAUGCCCUUAAGAGACUCAUUUGCUCUAUCCCUUGUUCUUAGUAACAAGGGGAUCUUCGAGCUCGCCUACUUCACGUUCAAAUGCUACCGAAAAAGGAAUUUGAUCAUCUUAAAAGACGGCGCAGAACUCCCAACUCUUGUGUGCGUCUACAAACCUGAUCACAUAACUUCGAUGAUCGACCUUUUGGAAACUUUUAGCCCAUCAAAUGAUUCUCCAAUGGCGUGCAACAUACUCCACCUCAUCGAACUUGUGGGCCAAGCCAGUCCUAUGUUCAUUUCCCACCAGCUGCAACAACCAGAGCCAGGAAGUACUUCUUGUUCCGACAAUGUCAUAAGCUCCUUCCGUCGCUUCCACAAAGAAUUCUCUGAUUGUACAUCAUUGGAUAUUUUCACUUCCGUCUCCAUGUCUAAACACAUGCAUGAGGACAUUUGUUGGCUAGCCCUAUCCAAAAGCCUAUCUCUGAUCUUACUUUCUUUUCAUCGAACCUGGUCCGUUGACAGAUCCACGGUGGUUUCCAACGAUGAUACAUUGAGAAUGCUUAACCUUAACGUCCUAAAACGAGCUCCUUGCUCCGUUGGAAUCUUCAUCUAUCGCAAACCCAUCGUGGAAUCUCAUAUGACAGAGCGACACAACAAGGAGGCUUUGGCGAUAGCAAAUCGAAUGAGACUGACCGAAAGACGGAUAAGUGUAACUAUCAUAAGAUUCAUUCCAGCAUCAUAUAAAAUGGAGAACCAUGAGUUGGAGGGGACCUUGCGAGUGGGUAACCUAAAGGAGACCGUGACUAACAUUAUUGGGUCCAACGUCAGAGAAAACGAUGAAAAUGUGAUAUACCUAGAAAAAGCGGUUUCUGAUGGAUCCGAGACCUCCAAAAUCUUACAAGCAAUGGCAAAGGAUUAUGAAUUGUUUAUCAUCGGACAAAGCAGCGGAAUAGGUACUGAGGUUACUAAUGGUAUUAGUGAGUGGACAGAGUUUCAUGAAUUGGGACCCAUAGGAGAUUUCUUAGCAUCACAUGAAUAUCCUUCUAGAGCAUCAGUGUUGGUUGUACAAAAACAAGAGUACAUUCACAAAACGCGAAACCAAAAAAUAAAGUAA